UGCCCCGGGCGCUGCUGGGGAAGCGCCGAGCUCCCGCGCGGCUCUGGGCGGUGUGUCCUGGGGGCGGGACCGGCGCGUUGCGCAGACCGGAUCCUGCGGAUUCGGCGCUCGAGGCGCCUGCGGGAGAGGACAAGUUCCUGGGAGCAGCGCGGGCUGCCGGCGCCUCCGGGUUCUCCGGGUCUGCCACGCGGAGCCCGGCCACCCUCACCAGGCUGCUGGGGACCGUCCCCAUUUCCCACGUCCUGCCGAGCGACCCUGGCAAGUGUGUCCUGAUGCCAACCCACUCGUCACAGAGAAUCCCUCUAGGACACUGAAAGGCUCAGCUCUGGAGCCUCAAGCUAAGGCUGACCAGCCCUGAGCCUUAGGCCAGGGGCAUGGCAUCCCUCCAGGAGCUCCAAGACCCUGCUCCCGGGGAGGAGGAAGGACUCAUGAUUGUGAAGGUGGAAGACUGCUCCUGGGAACAGGAGCCUGUCCAGCCGGUGGACAGCCGGGAUUCCGAAGCCUGCCGCCAGCGGUUCCGACAGUUCUGCUUCAGGGAUGCGGGUGGACCACACGAAGCCUUCAGCCAGCUGUGGGAGCUCUGUUGCCGCUGGCUGCGGCCUGAGCUGCACAGCAAGGAGCAGAUCCUGGAAUUGCUGGUGCUGGAGCAGUUCCUGGCUGUGCUACCAGGGGAGAUCCAAGCCCAGCUUCAGAGACAGCACCUUGGGAGCGGUGAGGAAGCUGUCGCUUUGGUGGAAGACAUACAGAAUCAGUCGUUGAAAGCCUGGCCACAGGAUGAGCUCUCAGAGGCGGAGCCGAAGGCAGCAGUCCAGGGACUCCAAGCCACAGGGUCUCCCCAGAAGACAGGGGUCCAGAAGCAACUCCCUGCACUCCAAGGGCAGCGCAGCCAUGCCCAGCUCCCUGUUCUUAAAGAGCGACAGACAGGAGAGGUGUUGGAUGGCUGCUUUGACUCUGCAGUUGAUCUGCCUGGGAGACCCGAGCUGGGUCGUAUCUCCCCAUUCCAAAAAUCUGGGUCAUUGGGAGACAUCCCUUUCUAUUGUUCCCGAGAAGAAUGGAGCUCCCUGGACCCUGCUCAGAGGAACCUCUUCUGGAACAUCAAGAGAAAGAACUCGAGGGAUGCUGCCCUUGGUUUGAGACCCAAAAGCCAAAAGCCCCCUGCAGAGGAGGCAGCGACAGCAUUGUUGGGACAGACUGAAGUGCCUAUGUCCUGGAAUCCCGAGGAGGCUGAGACCGAGGUCUGGGAGAGCGAGAACCCAAUGAGGACAGCCCUGGACCCGCUGGUGGGAGCGCGUCGGGGGCGGCCGCCCACUCACAGGCGCCAGUUUCAGAACUUAUUGGCGGAGAAGCCCCACAGCUGCGCGCAGUGCGGGAAGCGCUUCCGCUGGGGUUCAGACCUCGCCAGGCACCAGCGCACACACACCGGGGAGAAGCCACACAAGUGCCCUGAAUGCGACAAGAGCUUCCGCAGCUCUUCUGACCUAGUGCGCCACCAGGGCGUGCACACGGGCGAGAAGCCCUUCUCCUGUUCCGAAUGUGGCAAGAGCUUUAGCCGGAGCGCCUACCUGGCUGACCACCAGCGCAUCCACACGGGCGAGAAGCCCUUCAGCUGCAGCGAGUGUGGCAAGAGCUUCGCACUGCGCUCCUACCUGCUAGACCACAGGCGUGUGCACACGGGUGAGCGGCCAUUCGGCUGUGGGGAGUGUGACAAGAGUUUCAAGCAGCGUGCACACCUCAUUGCGCACCAGAGCUUACACUCAAAGAUGGCCCAACCUGUGGGGUGAGCCGAUGGUGGGACCUGAGCAGCACCCCCCACCUGCCCGUACCCCGGCCCUCCAGGGGGACACUUCCUGUGACUCUCACAGAAUCUUUUCCUUCCCCCUGGGGAUUCAUCGCUCACCUGUGACCACUGCCAGCCUGUCAAAGGGACACAAGGCCCCCUUUACUUUGACCUGGCCUGCCUGCUCCCAGGAUCCUGCCACACGUCUCUCCCUUUCCUGCUCUGGAUUUCUUUUACUUGGUUCCUGGAGCUGCAGUUGCCCUUUGAGGAUCACGUGAUAUUUGGGCUCAGGCAGGACCUAGGGUUUUCCAGAACCCUCCAGCCUUGCUUGGGCAGAGGCUCUUUGUUUUCUACUUUCUUAUGUGGACCCAUCAGCCUGGCUAAGCCUCUGCUCAGCCUACUUGUGCCUUCCAGUGGGGACUGGCCUCCAUCCUCAGGGCCUGCUGUGGUUUGGCCUUGGGAAGGACUAGGCUCACACUAAUGGGGAUUUAGGUCCUGGGUUCCAGCACAGUGGCUUCUUGGCCGUCAGUGUUAUCCAGUACCCUUCAUACUUCCAACCUGUGACCACUCUGUCAUGCCCUGACCCUGGGAAGCUACCUACUUGUCCUGCUCUGAGCCCCCGAGAUACACUGCAGGUCUGGAGGUUAGUGGAGGUGGUGGCUGUAGCAGCAGGCUGACCAGAGAACAUGCAGUCCUCCAGAUGUGUGGUUUUUGUUGUACUUAACACUACCACUCCAUCAGCACUUUGAAGCUGACUCCUCAAGCACUGUAUUUCCAUGUUUUUAAUCUGCAUUGUGUGCAGAUUCACAUUAACAUGGACAGACCAUGGACCUUCCGAAAGGGCUCAGCCCAAUGGGUUUCGGAAGAGUUUGAAUAAACAUGGAAAAUUUCCUCUAA